AUGAAACCGAAAGCGACUGACGACAAACUGCCCUCGGAAUCUGAGGAUCGAACAAGCUCCCUGGUCUAUGAGAUGCCUAUGUAAUCCGCAGCAAAAUGGCAUACAUACGUCCUUCUGGCAUGGGGCCACUCUCCGCACAUGUACAUGCUUGUCCUGCAGAAAUGUAUCUGGUAUAUAGCAAAUCUAAAAUAUAGAAAAGCCUGCAGAGCUUAGUUUAUCAAACUAAAAACCAUGACAUUACCUGGUGCAUUACCUAUAUUAAGCUGCCUCUUGUAUGUUAAGUCAAAUCCUGAUUUUUAUAAAAACCGCCAUGAAACUCAUUCAUACAAUACCCGACACAGAAACAACUUGUACCCAAAGCAACAAUGAGCCGUAUUCAUAAAAGAGAAGCAUAUCCUCGGAAGCAUAAGGUCUUGCUUCGGAGAAAAAAUGUAAAAGUAUAAGGUCUUGCUUCGGAGAAAAAGGUAGAAAUAUAAGCAUAUCCUUGUUUUCAUAUUCAUAAUGAUUACAUUAUACUCGCGAGGAUAUCCUUCAAGAAGAAGUAAAAGGUUGACUGGUAUUUGUAUCUUGAGCGACAUGUCCUGAAUUGUUCCAGCUUGUAGUUGACGUGGGAGUUCAUUCACUCAGCAUCACUGACAGUUGUACUCCAGAACUUACACAGACC